AUGGGCGUCAUCAAGAUCAAGCUCGCCGUGGACAGGCUGGGGAACCGUGUGUUGUUCGCUGACGCGGGCUCCGACUUCGUCGAUGUCCUCCUAUCCUUCCUCACUCUGCCGCUCUCUGCCCUCCAGUCCUGCGCAACAGGUGCAUCAUCCUCGCAGGGAUGCCUCUCCAACCUCUGCGAUAGCGUCGACCACCUCAGAAACAGUAGCCUGCUGAAGGUUGAGGCCUGCCAUGGCAUGCUUCUCACGCCUGCUCGCACCAAUGAGUUCCAGCUCUGCAAGUCAACUGACAAUGACCUUGAGAUUUCCAGGCUCUGCAAGUGUUCCCUAGUUAUGGCUAGAAUGUUGCAUGUCUACGAGCAAGUAGGGUGCAAAGAGACGUUUGUAGGUGGCAAAGAACGGUAUGUGAUCAGUGAUGACAUGAAAAUCAAGCCAGCAUCCACCAGGACCAUGCUAUUGCUGCCUCAGGCCUUCGGUUCUGAUGGUAUCGGUCAUGCCUUUGAGGAGGUCGAAGUGAGCGUCUCCGGGACACAAGUUUUAUCCAUGUUGAACGCCUCUCUUUCCUCAGACACCGUACUCACUGAUGCAUUUCUAUCAAAGGGAACUGAUAAUCAUAAGGCAGCUCAUGCCACUGUGACACCGAUCAUCCGUCAGAAUAUUAUUCCGUUGGACCAAGAUUCUGCAGGUUCUUCACCAGAAUGGACGAUCGAGGUCUUUUACCACACCCGUGAAAAGAAGGUCAUGUAUGCCAAAUGCAACCAUGAGUUUGUCGACAUGCUCCUCGGAUUCUUGACUUACCCUAUCAGCUGUGUGAUCAAGAACAUGGGGGCUGGCACUUGCCAUCUUGGCAGGUGCUUCGACAAUCUAUACAGAAGCGUCACUGAUCUCGACGAUGUUGGGCACUUAGCAGGUGUUCUCUCCAAUAUGAUGUUCCUUGAUCCAGGCAUUAUGCCAUUUGACAUUUUUACCAACAUCAGGUCAUACCGGGCGCUUGACUGCCGGUGUCCGAAGGAUGAUAACAAACAUUAUUGCUGGCAUCCUGAGCUUGUUGAGGGUGGGAACUAUGUCGUCGGCGAUGAUCUACUUGUGCAUCAGACCUCUGCCAUGUCUGUGAUGAAGCAUUGGUGUGGGAUAGACAAGGCUAACGUACUGGAGAUGGGCAUUGCUGUCGGGAAACAGGAGGCUGUUGCACUGCUGCGUGCUUUGCUGACUUCAGAGACGGCACUGACUGAUGUGUUCAUCAGCAGGCUGGAGGAGAUGCAGAUAUUUGUCAAGUUCCCUUGGGGUAAGACCAUAACCGUGCAGGUUGUGAGAUCCGAUACGAUUGCCACCGUCAAGAGCAGGAUGAAGGAUAAGGUGUCGAUGCCGACCGGAUGUCGUCAUAAAUUGCUGUAUGCUAGCAGAUAUCUUAGAGACUCAUGCACCGUUUCUGACUAUAACAUCACCAGAGAAUCUACCAUCACCUGUGAAUUUCACAAGCUGAUGCCUACAGCCGGUCAGGAUGAAGCCUGA